AUGGAAGGGCGGGAGGAGAGAAAGAAGAGGGUGGGAUGCGGCACGUGGGAGAUUGGGAUAAGAAUCACCGAUGUAAUGCAUCUGGAAGGGGACAGGGGAGGAAGGGAAAGUGGGAGAGGCACGUGGGGGAAGGCUGGGAGCAGCAUGUGCUGGGUACUCGCAGUGGCGCUAUGUCUCGUGGCCGGUGUUCAGGGGCAAUUAGGUAACCCAAGACCAAUGAGUGUGCAGGAGCUCGGCUUUGGCUGUCUCUUAGACAUGUGCAUAGCCGUUGAUUCCUCGCACAGCCUGGACAGCCAAGGUUUCCAGCAGGAACUCGACUUCCUGGAAAAGCUGGUCGACUUCAUAGACGGCAUGGCGGACGAAGUGAAGGCACAUUAUGCUGCAGUGGUGUUCUCUACCAAUGUAUCCGUACACUUUGACUUUUCAGAGACAAGGACGAAAGAGGAGGUCAAAGAAAAAUUGCAGCAGAUACCUUACAUCCGGGGACGCACUAACAUACCGGAUGCCAUGGAGCAAUGCCGGAUGCUGCUCCAGUUUUCGCCCAGUAAACGUUACGCUGACAUUGGAGCCUAUAUUGUAACACUGGUCCUCACUGACGGCGUGGCCAACGAAGGUAUACCACAUCCCCUGGAGUUAUUUUAA